CUGCAGAACGCCGGCAGCAAGACGGAUGCGUGGCUCACCUCCGCCGCUGCUCAGGUCGGCCAGGUCAUGCUGACACUCCCUCAUGCAGUGUCGCUGACUGGCGUGAGGGCUGGCAUCCCCCUGAUCAUUUGCUACACGCUCAUCUCCAUGUGGACCGUGCACCUGCUGAAUGCCCUGUACCUUGAGUACAAGGUCAAGCGGGUCAGAAACGGCGAGUGGUUUGCGGAUGACGGCAAGACCAAGCGCAAGUCCUCCCAGUACUUUGAGGUGAUGGGCGGCACCUGCGGCAAGUGGCUGCAGUGGUUCACACUGGCGCUGACUGUGCUCAAUCUCAUGGGCAACGGCACCGCCCAGAUCGUGGCUGGAGCCGCCAACACCUACUUCAUCAACCCCGUGCUCACCAAGCGUGGGUGGACUCUGGUGUGGGGCGCGCUUUCUCUGCUCAUGACGCUGAUUCCCACCUUCCGCGAUUUCCGCCUCCUGAAUGUCAUCGCGAUUGCCGGCACGGGUUUCACGGCCGUCUACAUCUGGAUUGAGUGCCACUACCACGGCUUCACCCCCGGCGCCGCCAACCUUGCCCCGUACAACAUCCAGAGCUUCUUCACCGGAGCCAAUGUGUUCCUGUGGGCGUACGGCGGCCACGGAGUCUCCUUUGAGAUCAUCGAUGCGAUGUGGGCGCCCUCCAAGUACGACCUGGUCUACCCGCUCUCCUACCUCUUCACAUUCACCAUCGCGGCCCCCCACUCCAUGCUCGUCCAGCUGGCAUUCCCCACCGAAAACCUGGCCCAGGACAAUGUGUACGGCGUGCUGCCCAAGAACGGGUGGCUGGUGGCAUCAGUCAUCAUCAUGCUCAUCCACCAGAUCGUGGCCUACGCCCUCUACGUGACGCCCAUCUUCUUCAUGUGGGAGAAGCUGAUCGGAACCCACGAGAAGCCCAACUGGAUCCGCCUGCCCUCCCGCCUGCCCGUGGCGCUGGUUCUGUGGUUCAUCGCGAUCGCAUUCCCCUUCUACGGCCUGAUCAACUCGAUCAUCGGCGCGCUGACUGGAUCCAUGGUCUCCUUCAUCCUGCCCUGCUUCGCCUACAACCUCUACUACAUGACCUCCAAGCAGCGCCGUCUGGCCGCCCCCAAGCAGCCCCCGCGCUGGACCGGAGGCUGGGGCCCCGUGUUGGUGGUCAACUCCCUGUUCGUCAUCUACUACUUUGUGUUCGGCUUCUGCAUCGGCGGCUGGGCAUCCAUCAAGACCCUGGUCGACAAGAUCCACGUUCUCGGAAUCUUCGUGGACUGCUACCAGUGCAAGAAGUAGGCCUGAGCGUGUAAGCUCUUUGGACCGAGACUCUUCGCCCUAGGUAUAAGGGCCAUUCUAUGGAUGGGCCUGCAGCUGUGUGCUGUUCAUACUGACUCAGUGAUCAGUAUGAUGACAAUUAUUUCCCCAAAGUUUGAAUUUGGAUUUGUGUGAGGGAGUUGGUCACGGUUGAAGGCCGCAGGGCUGAGCCGAGAGACCAGGGGUGUUUAUGACAUUGACAGCAAGGGCAUUCUUGCUAUUACAUCUCUUUUAAAGGGGCGUGUCAUAUUGUAUGCUGCACAAGCAAGGGGCUCCUUGCUAGCAGGCAAGGGAGGUACUGUGUGCAACACGAAUUUUUUUUAACUAGCCUAGAUGUGGGCCUUUUUAAAAGAACGAAGUAUCUCAAGUGUGCGACUUUGGGUUCAAAUUUGAAAGGGGGCUGUGCAGUGCAAAGGGGCUCUGCGCAGCACAGGAAGCCUAGUCUUCUUGCCUGGCGAUGUUUGACAGUCUCCGGCAGCCAAUGGUGCUUCUGAAGACGCAAGCGUAGGCAGGCAAGGGGCAUGGCAUAUGUUCUAGGCUAUAUCUGUUGUAUGUGAGGGUACUGUACUUGUGCCACUGAUUUUUUUUUUUGUAUUUUGAGGCUCCGGGAUCCUGGUGCCUGUUAGGACGGUGCAUGCUGUCAGCAUUGCUCGCCUCUCACUUGUUUGAAACUUGGGGUGUAAUACUUUGGGGAAUUG